AUGGGGAUGGAGGCAGGCGCUCCUGGUCCUAGCUCGAGGAAGAGGAAAGCAUCGGCACACGAGGCGCCCGCCCCGGCGCCGACGGCUGUGGAAGCGCCCGGUGCGGAACCUACAGCGGAGGACCGGGAACCGCCUCUUUCCGGAGCGGAUGGGGACGGAGGAGGCGCCGGCGGCGACCGCAUCAGCGACCUCCCCGACGCCGUCCUCGGGGACAUCGUCUCGCUCCUCCCCACCAAGGAAGGCGCCCGCACCCAGGUCCUCGCCUCCCGGUGGCGCCAUCUCUGGCGCUCCGCCCCGCUCAGCCUCGACCACCGUUACUUCUUAUUCGACGAGGAGGGCCUCGAUGUUGCCAUAUCGCGCGUCCUCGCCGCCCACCUGGGCCCCGGCCGCCGCUUCUGCGCGCCGGUCUACCACCUCCCUGGCGACCGAGCGGAUGCCUGGCUCCGGUCACCCGCCCUCGACAACCUCCAAGAGCUCGAGCUGUGCAGCUUCAGUUAUAUGUUGCCGUAUCCACCACCAACGAAGCAGCUGCCGCCCUCAGCUGCCUUCCGCUUCUCCGACACCCUCUUGGUUUUCACCAUUGGAGAUUGCCACCUUACCGACGACAUCACUCAAGUGCUUCACUUCCCUAAGCUUCAGAAGCUCGCGCUGAAGCGCGUCCUCAUAUCUGAAUCCUCGCUGCACAUCAUGAUUGCUGCUUGUCCUGCUCUCGAGUGCUUGCUUAUAAGGAAGAGUUCUGGCUUUCGUUGUGUCAGAAUCAACUCCAUUAGCCUGAGAAGUAUUGGUGUGAGCGGUUAUAGCCCGAGAGGGCUCAACUUUGAGGAACUCAUUAUCGAGAAUGCCCCUUGUCUCGAAAGCUUGCUCAUACUUGGUUCAUGUGAGUGCGGUCUUAUAUCGGUAAUCUCCGCGCCUAAACUGGAGGCCUUAGGCUAUCUUUCUUCUCAUUAUGGUACCAGAAUCUCGUUUGACUCGACAGUUAUUGAGCGAUUGAGUGUUGAUCGCCUGACGACAGCGGUGUGCACUGUCAAGAUUUUAGCUGUUGAUAUGCAUGCUCUUAGUCUGGAUACUGUUCUUGACUUGAUGGGAUGCUUUCCGUGCUUGGAAAAGCUGUACAUUCAGUCAACUGGACCAGGGAAUACCAACUUCUGGCGUCGUAAACACCGGACUCUUAUAAGAUCACUUGACAUCCGUCUAAAGACAAUUGUUUGGCGAUGUUAUCGGGGAAUUAAGUCACAUGCUGACUUUGCCACAUUUUUUGUACUAAAUGCUGGCGUGCUAGAAUUAAUGACUUUUGAGGUUGAUGUGGAAGAUUUCAACGAGGAGUUUUGUGCACAACAUCGUAAGAUGCUUCAGGUGGAUAGUAGGGCCUCAAGAGGUGCUCGGAUUCGUUUUACUUCGGAUUGGUCUUACAAGUAUCAUAUGGAUUUUAGUAUCCAUGAUUUGGGUCCAGCUGAUCCCUUUGAAAGGACAUACCCUUUGAAAGGAGAUAUCACUUUUGUGCUUUGCUAA